CAUGGGUGUCAAGUUGGAACUGCACUUUCUUAAAAAUGUCUUAAAAAUAUUUCUACAAUAGACUUUUUCAAUAGUUCUUGAAAAGUUCUAUAGUUCCCGGUCUCGUUCUAAGGCUUGCUUUGGGAACCCGGGAUGAGUAGCGGAGAACCUCUGCCCGCCAAGCUACAAGUUCGUGUUCACGUUUAACUCGGCUACGACGGGAUUUGCUUUGUCGACGGUCUCCGUCGUCAACGUCGUGUCCUUCCAUCGUCUCGAUGAUCACAAUUUCCUACUUGGAGACUCGUCUUUACGAUUUAGCGCCAUGAUUUUGGUAUCACCUAAAACCGUAGCGUUGUGCAUCUCCCUACUCAUCUCUGAUCGUUAUAUGUAUGUUGUACUCCCUAGAUAAAUUGCACUAUCAGUGAUUCUUCGUAUCCAUGGUAACGGGACGACGCCAAAAGUCAAAACAGUUUGAGCUGUCAUUAAUAUUUUGAAGCAAAUAUCAAGAUGCGUUUUAAGAUAUCACUAAGAAAUAGUAAUGGACAUACACGUCUUGUGACUUGUGUUGCUUGGAAUUUUACAGAGGAACUUUAUUCCUGCGGGGAGGAUCAUUUAUUAAUAUGCUGGCACCUGGAAGGUGGAACAGCUCAUUCUAAUAUAAUAUCUAAAUUUCCUGAAGAUUUUUAUCCUACUGAUAUGCAAUGGCAUCCACGUCCUGUGCAGUCUGCUGGUGUUACGUCCACUAAGAAACAGUCCUUUGACGUACUUCUAAUUACUACAGCUGAUGGAAAAUUUCAUCUAGUGAAUAAGACUGGUCGUAUAGAAAAAGCUGUAGAGGCACACAAGGGAGCUACGCUGUGUGGUAAAUGGAGUCACGAUGGUUCUGCUUUGCUUACAAGUGGCGAGGAUGGUCUAGUAAAAAUAUGGUCUCGGAGUGGUAUGUUAAGAUCAACUGUACUCAGAGGAAAUCAUCCAGUUCUUACUUCAAAUUGGAGUCCUGAUUGCUCGAGUGUUUUAUACUCCCAAGGCGCUCAUUUGACAAUACAGUCUCUCAAUACAAAUUCUAAGCCUCGCAAGUGGCUCGCACAUGAUGGUCUCAUACUUGUUUCAUCUUGGAACCAUAGUAACGGACUGAUUAUCACUGGUGCCGAGGACUGUCGUUUCAAGGUCUGGGAUCAAACUGGCAAUCAGUUGUACUGUAGCAAUACCGGUGACUAUCCAGUGACUGCGAUCAGUUGGUGCUUCUCUGGCAAUUACUUUGCAGUUGGUUCCUUUAACACUAUCAGACUCUGUGAUAAAACCGGGUGGUCACAUUCCUUAGAAAAAGUGAAUACAGGCAGUAUCUUUGGUAUCGCCUGGUCUAACGAUAGUACACAAGUAGCAAUGGCUUGCGGAAGCGGCACCAUCCUUACCGCACACAUAAUCGAUAGGCGUUUAGAAUGGAACAAUUACGAAGCUACGCUGGUACGUCGCAAAACGAUUGAAGUCAGAGAAGUGGGUAGUGACAGACACGAGACACUCGAAAUAUCAGAUCGAGUGGUGCAGCUAGAAUUUGGCUUUGAUCAUCUGGUAGUAAUUACCCCAACCCAGUGUCACGUUUACUCAACAAAUAAUUGGAACACGCCUGCCAUAUUUGAUCUUAAGAACGGUUCAGUGUCUGCAGUUAUUCUAGCGGAAAAGCACUUUCUUCUGGUGGAAUGGAAUGUCGUUACACUGUACAGUUACCAGGGUCGUUUAUUAACUGUUCCAAAAUGGAAAGGGAUGACUCAGGAACCUCUUUAUCCUCCUUGCAUAUCAUUAUGCUCAGAUUCACUGGUUAUUCGCGAUCAGAGCAACGAGAACUUAUUACACGUACUAGAAGUUUCCAGUAACAAACCGGUCUCCGAGGGGCAGCCACACUCGCAUCUGCAGAAGGUGACACAACUGGCAUUAAAUCACGUAGGAGACGUUACCAACAGACAGUUGGCACUCAUAGACGUAAACCGGGAUUUGUUCUUAGCUUCCAUCCGUGCCAGUGGCUUCGGACGACUUUGUAAAAUAGCCGUGAUGGCGCAGAGCAUCUCCUGGGCGACUGACGCAAACGUAUUGGCUGCAAUGCUAGACGCGACAUUGUCUGUCUGGUUGUGUCCCAAUUGCGUUCACUACAGUGAUCGCAAAGUGAUCCGCAAGACUCGUAUAGACAAAGAGAACAGCGAGUAUGGAAAGCAGCCUAGUAUCGCAAGUGUACAAAAUGGCUUGGUAACAGUGAGACGCGGCGAUGGAGCACUGGUGUCCACAUCCUUUUAUACUUUUUUCACGAGUUUACAUCAGCACGUGAUAAAUAACAGAUGGAACGAAGCUCUAUCGUUAUGCCGAAUAGCGCAGAAUGAAAUUCUUUGGACUUGCAUGGCUGUGAUGGCAACCGAUACUAAAGAACUGAUAGUGGCUGAGGAGGCUUACGCAGCAAUCGAUAGAUUCGAUAAGGUCGAUUACAUCCGUUACAUUAAAAAGAUGUCUAACAAAGUUGAGAAGCUUGCUGGAAUGGCACUGUUAGCCGGGGACUUGUUAGCCGCGGAAGGAAUUCUUUUGCAGAACGGCCUCGUUUCCGAGGCCAUAAAAAUUAACAUUGAAACAUACAAUUGGACAAGAGCACUGGAGCUAGCAAUUAGGCAUAAAAGAAUGCUGGAGGAAGUGCUGGAGGCGAGACGGAAGUAUUUGGUGAUUAUUGAUAAGAAGGAGACUAAUCAAAAUUUUUUAGCGUUUGCCGGGCAUUCGUCAAAAGUACAAGAGAGCCAAGAUACUGCAACCAGAGAGACAGAGAAAUCUGAUAACGAGAGAGAGAAGCUGUCAACGCCGUUGGAAUUAUAAAGAAUCAUAUGAAUGAAUAUUUUAUUAAUAUAAAACAUUUUCAUACUAUGCUCGAAGCAAAACCUGUAUAAAGUAAUAAUAUAUGGUUGGAGUAUUUUCUAUGCGCGACACAGACCGUGAUCGGAUGAAUUCGAUAUUAAAGUACAAGUGCCUUGAACGUCAGAGAAAGAAAUCCAACGAGGAAAAUAGUGAGAAUAAUAAAUAUAAGGACUUUACGUAUCUGCCAAGUGGUCGUCUUGACAGCAGGCCUGUACCUAGACGUGAGUGCGCCCUGAAAUAAAUAU